CUUCAUCCACACCAGAGACAGAGACUGAGACAGUGGGAAGUGUCAUUCUGAUUUUUGUUGUUUUAUAUCUGUUUUUAUUUACAGGUUUUUUUCCUUUUUUUUUUUUUUAAAAAAGGGGGGAGGGCACAGCAGCUCCCAUUCACACUUCCAAUGGGAGAUUCCUGCUGCUUUGCUGCUUUUCUGCUCCCUGGAUCACAUCACUGCGGGGGAAACCAGUGAGGCUCAGGAGACUGAGACAGACAGACAGACAGAGACGUGGAGACAGAGAGACACAGCUGCUGAAAAGGAAAAAAAAAAACAUUAUUAGGAAGCAGAAAAUGGGACCGGCUGCCACCUCACUCGCUCUCCUGAGUUUAUGUUCUCUGGGUGUUUGUGUCCCAACAGGAACAAGCAACGCUGCACCAACACAGGCGUCUUCAACAGAGGUGAAGAAGACACGAGGCGAUGUUCCCGACGUUCUUCCAGAGCCAGAGCCAACGAACCAGCUGUCAGACUUUGAAAACUCAUACAACUACGUGUUGUCCAGACUGGCCGGCAUGGACCAGGCCAUCCACAAACUCAACGUUGGUCACUACACGCUGGACGUCAAAGUCAGUCAGCUGAUGGACCGUCUGUCCAAGAUCGAUGCUAAGGUCGGGGAGCUGGAGGACAACAUCCGCGAGGUCCAUCAGCACAGCAAGGACAACCGCAAGGAGAUUGGUAGACUGGAAGGUUGUCACAAGGGUCUCAGGUUAGGAUACAAAUGCUAUCUGGUGUACAACACCUACGAGGAUUACGCAGGAGCGUCCAGAAAGUGUCUGGAACGUGGUGGCCGCAUGGCGAUGCCCCGCGACCGCAAAGAGCAGGAGGCCCUGGCCGACUACAUCAAGUCCUUCUUCCACCCCGGGAACUGGCCCGUGUGGCUGGGCAUCAACGACCUCCGCUCCGAGGGCCUGUACUUGUUUGAUGACGGGACGCGGGUGUCGUACUUUCAGUGGCGCAAGCACUUCCUGUCCACUCAGCCGGACGGAGGGUGGCGGGAGAACUGCGUGGCCAUGUCGUCGGACGACGGCGACUGGUGGGACCACUACUGCGACCGGAAUAUGAAUUAUGUCUGUGAGUUUGAUGAUCGAGUGGCACUUUAACAAAAACAUUGCCAUUAUAUAAACGUCAAUGUUUAUCAAAAAAAUGGUCCAGUUCAUUUUCAGAUAACUUAUUCUUCCCCUUUAAAGACUCAUUUAAAAAAAACCUGUGAUUGGCUUUCACAAGUGAUGAAGCCUUUAGACUUUCCUUGGAAACUUGUUGUGUUAAAGGCACAGUUCGCUAAACUGAAAAUGUGCUCAUUAUCUCCUCACCACUAUGCCAGUGGAGGGGUGUGGUGAAGGUUUAUCUUCAGAAUGUUUUUCCAAUAUCUCAUAUCCUCCGCACUAAACAUGCUGAUCAACACUUUUAUUGACUUAAGUGGUUUAUUUAGCUUAAUUGAUCCUAGUAAAAAAAUUACCACCAUAGGAAAUUAAUGAAUAUAGCAUCGAUCUAGAUUUUUAACCACUACGUGGUACACUACAUUUCAUAGUUUAAGAAAAGGUAUUAACAAAAUGUAGUGAUAAGUUUUUAUGUUCAUGUUAGACCAGUUAAAAUACACUGGUCACAAACACUGACAUCAGAGGGAUCAAGUAACAAAUUCCCCACAGUCACCCAAUAAAUCUGGCAAAUUACAGAUUAACCUAAAGAAAACUGGACCCCAAACUAAAAGUGUAACAGAAGUCAAUGAGCAGAGACUAUAUACAAAAUAAAUACCCGACACAUUUUCAAAACACAAGCAACAGAAGCCCCAGCUAAAGUAAAGUUGUUAACCGCCUUGAGACACAAAAACCAGCUGAGCAAGAAGUCUCCAACCUGGAUAUAUAACCUCCCAGUGAGGCUGAUUACCCUCAGCUGUGGAAGAACACAGGUGAAUCCAAUAGCUUCUGAUUAGCAAAGAAACCUGUGACCAAGAUCCUGUUGUUUGUAAACCUGAAAUGUCACUCAAGUGUCUGAAAGCCUUGACAUUCAAAUUAAGCUUCAAAACAAGUUCAUUUACACUAUGUUCUUUUUUAGCUUAAAUGUCCACAUUAUUAACCUAAUAAAAAUGUAUUUAAAAUGAUACAAAUUACACACUAUUAAAAAGAGCUGCUGGAUUUUCAGCAAUUAACAAGUGCUUUAGUUGGCUCAAAAAUGCGAGUAUGUAGCACUCUUUCUCUUUGUAAAAUGCCUCAGCACUGCUUAUGUGGUGUCAACCAAGUGUCCAAAAGCCCCAACAUUCAAAUUUGACAGAAUAUGGCAUCAUUUACGUCACAUAUUUUAGCCUAUUUUCACUUUAGCCACCUAGCAUGACUCGUGUUAUGUUUACAUGACACAGGCUAGCAUAUAAGCUUUCAAAUGAGUCAAAAACAGCAGCAACUCGCAACCCAGUUGUUUUACAUGUAUCGUCCAUGUGUCUUAAGCCCCGAUAG